GAUGAGAGGAGAGAGGCAAGCCGCACAAAAAGGGGAAGAGCAGGUAGAAUAAAAAAACAUAAAUAAAGAAAGAAGAAAAGCUCGGUGUCUUUCUCCCUUCUGGAUCACCGAUUUCAGCGACCAUCACCAUCCCUACUUCGUUUGAUUCUCCGAUCACGAUCAUCUUUCUCUGAUCAUCAUCACUGGCUCUAUACUUUCCCCACCUUAUAACCACCAGGCCACCAUUUUUGUAUCCAUCGCUGCCCAGAAACCAAAAAAAAAAAAGAUUUCAUUCUUUUUUUGAGCACAAGCAACAAGCAGAGAGGAAUCCGAAGAGCAGAACCGGUGAAGAGCUUUUUGGAACGAGGCGAUUCAUUUUUUUGGUCGAUCCCGGUUGGGGUGUGACGUCGGUCUUCUUCCGUGAGCUAGGUAUAAUUCCGAAACAGAGGAGUUUUUGGGAAAGGUAGUGAGGGAGAUGAACGGAGCUAGGUCCCGUGGGAUCUCUCCUUUCAGAUCUGGAUCUACCUUUCUCCACAAAGUUCCGCCAUGUUUGUUUGUUUGCUUUUUUUUUUUUUCUUUUUUUUCUGUUACCACCAACACUUCUAUUGUUUUCUUCAUCUCUAUAAUGGUUGAAGCAAUUGUUUCGAGGGUGCUGGAAAAGUUGAGUCCAGUAUUAGAGGAGGAGGUGAGCCGUAUUGCUAAUGUUCAUGGUGAAGUUGAAAAGCUCGCCAGUAGUUUUCGAGCUGUCAAAGCUGUUCUUGAGGAUGCGGAGCGACAGCAAAUGGGGAAGGGAAAGGCCAGUGUUCGAGAUUGGUUGUACAAGCUCAGGGAAGUCUCAUAUGACAUUGAAAAUGUGCUGGAUGAGUGGAGCACAACAAUUUUCACGUCAAAUCUAGAGAAGAAGAAAGUAUUUUCCUUCAUCCCCUCUCCUUCCUUCUGUUUCAACAGAGGGAUAUUGCUUUACAAAACUGCACAGAAGAUAUUGGAGUUGAAAGGGAGGUUAGAUGUUAUUGCAAAUGAGAGAGAAAAGUAUGGUCUUAAGGAAUUAAGUGUUGAAAACCCAAUUAGACGAGAGCAAACUACUUCUCUCGUAAAUUUAGCAGAAGUGUGUGGUAGAGUUAUGGAUAAGGAGAGGAUUGUAGAUAUUUUGUUGAAUGAGGGUAGAAUUGAGGUGAUCUCUAUGGUAGGUGUUGGGGGGAUUGGUAAAACUACUCUUGCCAAAGUAGCCUUCAAUAAUGAGAAAGUAGAAUCUCAUUUUGAGAAGAGGAUAUGGGUGUGUGUCUCUGAUCCUUUUGAUGUGAUGAGGAUUGCCAAAGCAAUUCUUACAUCUCUUGGUGAGAAUGCUUGGCAAAAUUUGGUUGAAUUGGAGGAUGUAUUAAAACUCCUUAGAGACUCAGUCAAGGAUAAGAAAUUCCUACUUGUCCUAGAUGAUGUGUGGACUGAACACUAUGAAAGCAAGAACAAUGGGUUGCACUACCUUGUUCCCAGUGGAGCAGUUGUCUGAAGAAGAAAGUUGGUUAUUGUUUUGUCAAAUAGCAUUUUUGGGGAGAUCCAAUGAAGAUCAUGAAAAUUU